AUGCAUGCUCCAGGGGUGGAUCGUGCGUUGUGGCCGGUGGAGCGUCGCGUCUCUUUUGCCUGGCCGUUGGAGCUCUUGGAGCCUGAGGAUGCCUUGCCGUUGCUGGCUGCUUGUGAGCGUAGUGAAGAUGGGGAUGACCUUGGGGUGCCAGUGGCUAGGUGUGUUCCGGUUACGCAGGAGAAGCGUACCCAGCGUCGCAACCCAGAGUGGUUCAAGCGUGCUAUGGAGAAAUGGUCAGGCGUGGCCAUUGACCUCGUUGCCAAUCGUCAGAACGCACAGCUUCCGUACUAUGCGUCUGAAGAGCCAGGUGGGGGCACCAAGCCAUACUGGCAGUAUGGUCAGCAACAGGAGCAGAUCUAUUUACCGGACCCGCUUACUCGGGGUAGCGAGUGUCUACAGGAAGCAAUAGUCCAGCGCGUGGAUGAGCCUCGGGAGUGGUUUGAGGACCAGUUAUCAUUUUUACAGGGACAGCAGGCUUUACAGCAGGAGCAGGUCGACCUUGACGUACCAGGCGACACAGGUGGUACAGAUGUUGAAUCUCGGCGCUUCCAAGGGGUCCGCCGACAGUGUCAGCAGCCGCGGCCUUACUCCGUUUCCGACUCCGUUGAGGAUGAUGGACCAAAGGUAUCCAUUCGUUUCGAGCGCGUCGAGGUCCCUGGUAAGAAACGCAAGGCCCCGCGGUCGUUGUAG